AUGGCAACAAUCUGUCCCGACACAUCGCGACAGCGGGUCACGGGCUCCCGCGACCCCGCCGCGAUCUCUCAGGAUGUGCCACAACAUCCUCGAGAGCAGCUCUCCGUCAAGCCCAAGCUCAAGACCAUCCGAGUCAUCACCAAGGACCUGAUCCGGGAUCUCAUCAUUCCCCAGGAGAAGCCUGAGCCGUGUCUCAUCAUUGGGGAAAAGGAAUAUGAGAGGAUCAAGGAAUCAGCUCAAGCCCCGACUGAGGUGGAGCACUGGGACAGGCUGAAGACCCUGAGAGCCAGACAGGACGCUGCUUUCGAAACCCUGAAAAAGGCCCAGCUGGAGGAGCAGAGAAAGGCAGAACUGGAGGACAAGAGGGACCGUGGGAGUGACCGGGAGGAGCAGCAGGAGCAGCAGGAGAAGCAGAAGCUGCUGCAGCGGGCAGCCAGGAUGAGGCUGGAGCAGGAUGAAGAGAUGCGGGCACUGAACGCGCUGUUCCUCAGUGCCAAGUGCAACAUGAUCCGGGACAAGCAAGUGCUGGAGAAGCAGAUGAUCCACAAGGAGCUGGCCGAGGAGGAGAAGCGCCUGGACAAGAUGAUGGAAAUGGAGCGGGACAAGGGCACGGAGGUGCAGGAGGAGCUGGAGCGCCACAGGAAGCAGGAGCUGAUGAGAGCCAGGCAGGACAUUGUGAAACAGAUGGAGCAGAACGCAGAGGAGAGGGCGCUGAGGGCCGAGGAGCUGUACCAGGAGGGCCAGAGGCAGCUGGAGCGCCUGGAGCAGAUGAAGAGGGAGGAUCGGAAGGCCUGGGAGCAGAAACAGGAGAAACUAAAGCAGAUCCAUGCCGAGAUUCGACGUUUGAACGUGGAGAGCCAGAGGCUGAAGGAUCAACAGCACGAGCGGGAGAGGCUGGAGGACGAGCGGGUGCUGGAGCAGCAGCGGCAGAAGGCUGAGCGUGAGGCCGCCUGGGAGGCCGAGCAGGAGCAGCUGCGCCUGGAGAAGGAGAAGGAGCUGGCGCGGCUCAGGGCCAUGCAGGAGCAGGCCCAGGACUGGCAGGCAGAGCUGGACGCUCUGAGGGCCAAGAGGAACCAGGAGGUCGCAGACCGGGAGUGGCGCCGGCAGGAGCUGGAGAAGGCGCGGAAGAAGGCCGAGCUGGAGCAGCAGCUGAGGCAGGACCGGCUGGAGCAGGUGGCCCAGAAGGAGCAGUACCUGGCCAUGCAGGUGGAGCAGGACCGCCAGGAGUUCCAGAGGGUGCUCAAGGCCCAUCAGGAGCAGCUGGAGCGGGAGAAGCUGGAGCGGGAGCAGAGGGAGCUGCGGCAGCGCGCCCACGCCCAAUAUCUCCGGCAGCAGAUCCAGGAGCUCCAGCAGCAGCGGGAGCGGGAGCGGGCGGCCGUCAUUGAGGAGGGCCGGCAGCAGGAGCAGGAGCUGCGGCAGCGCCGCCAGCGCCUCGCCCAGCUCAGGCAGCAGAAGCUGCAGGAGUUCAGAGCCACCGGAAUUCCUGACAAAUAUCGUGCCCACGUGGAGCGCAGGGCUCAGAGCAGAGCCAGUGCAGCCUCCUCCUAGGCCCAGCCUCAUGAGGGAGCAUCUGGGAUUCCCCACAGGUUUGGGGCUCCAUUUCCGUUGUCCUGGGUUACAAGGACGAGGCUGUAGGUGUAACCACGCUGUAUUCUGCUCCCAUCCCCAGCAUCCUGCUGAUCUGUUCAUGGAUGGGUCACUCCCAGCCGGCCCCUCAGGCUGGGUGUUAGAAAAGGGAAGGAGGUGAAUUCUGUGUCUGUGUUCCCAAAGUGACUCAGCUGUGGUGAGGACACCCAGCCUAAGGGCUCACCUGGGCCAUCAUGGCUCAGUGUCCCCGUGGGCAGCCUGUGGAGGCCAUCAAGGAUCCCCUGAGCCUCAGGAAUACAGAAUUCCAUUGUGAAAUCCCCUGUCCUGAAGGAAUUGAACAUUCCUGCCUGAAUCUGACCAUACAUUACCUGGGCUCUUUGGGGACCUGGGACACCACCGCUGCUCGAGGGACCUAGAGGAGGGCCAGACCUUCCCCAGGACCACUGCUUCCGACAAUUCUGCAACCAUCACUUCAACGGGACUUCAUCCACCACCCUGACUGACAGGACCCUUCUGCUGUGG